AUGUUUUCAUUUCCUCAUGUCAGAAAACGCAAAAAAUGAAAAAAUAUCACUCACUCUCUUUCUCUCACUCAGACCUAUCGUCUUUCAAUUAACCGGAACCCUAACUCGAUCCACCGGCAAAUUAGAGAUCCCGGUGAGUUAUAAAGUAUCCGGAAACUAUUAAUUUUCUGUUUCUUUUACUUUACUUGAGUUUAAUUAGGUUUUUGAAGAGUGGAAAAGGAAGUUAAUUAUUUUUCUUAGAGGUCUUGUUGAAAAAGUAGAUGAGCGUACGAUUGGGGAAGAGUUAACGGCAAGGAUUUCGUCUCCGAAUGGAGGGAGGUAGCGUCUCUAGACUUACUUACUCUGGGAUACACCCAUGGAUUAUGAUGACAAUGAUUUUCAAAGCCACAAUCUUCAUUUAGCAGGUGAAGGAAGCAACAAAUUUCCUCCUGUUUUACAGCCAUAUGCCCUCCCCAAAUUUGAUUUUGAUGACAGUCUUCAUGGAUCGUUAAGGUUUGAUAGUUUGGUUGAGACUGAGGUUUUUCUUGGCAUUGAAAAUAACGAGGACAACCAGUGGAUUGAAGAUUACUCUCGUGGUACCAGUGGGAUACAGUUUAGUUCAAGUGCGGCAAAGUCUUGCUCUAUAUCAAGGUGCAACAAUGUUUGGUCUGAAGCUACUUCCUCAGAAUCUGUGGAAAUGUUAUUAAAAUCUGUUGGCCAGGAAGAUAAUACUCCUGUACAAACUAAUUCUAGGGAAUCAGAUGCCUGUGAUGAACUGGGUUGCAUACUAAAGCACAUGGAGCCCAGCUUGAAACAGGAAAACAAUACACCUCCUAAAGUGGAAGUUACAACAAAUUUACAGGUUAAAUUUCUGCCGGGUGAGAAUGUGGAAGAUUUAUCUGUGUUAGAUAAUGAUGUUGGAGGGCAGCAGCCUCUUGAUGGUAGUUCUCAGGAUCUUAAAGGUGACGUAUCUGCUGAUAGUGGUUUGGGACGUUCAGUUGACCCAGCUGCCAUUAGUAUAGAGGCCAGACAACCUGUUAUCGAAGGGAGUUUGUCAAUUGAUGGUGAUUCUAAUAAUGUUAAUCACAGGGGAGAUGAUGAUUUGGUGAAUGGAUCUUUGGAUGACAGGCUUCAAAAAGGUCCUGCUUCAGGGAUGCAGGAUAGUGCCUCUGUGCAAAUAAUUGCUACAGGAAAUGAUGAGUCAAAUGUAAAAGAUGGUCCAGAUAAUGUAAAUGACACUAAUGAUGAUAGUAAAGUUGUUCUGAAAACAGACACUGCUGAGAAUCAGAAAAAGAAACCCAUAUUAAGUCAAGAGGGCCAAAUGGAGGAUGAGAAUCCUCACUCAAGUGCAGUGGAAUCUAUGGAAGAAGCAAACAUCAUCGAAAUUAACUCGAUUAAUUUGGGGGAACCUUCUUGCAUAAUAGCAAAGGAGCAUUCUUGCCUGCCAGAAGACCUAGUGACUAGUGAUCAGUCCAAAAUGGAUACAGUUGGGGGAUCAAUGAUGACUGUUGAAGAUAAUAUGAUUUUUGAGAGGCAUGAAAUUGAGGACUCGAAUGCUUCUCAAUUGGAUAACAAGAACUUGGCUAACAAGUGUGAGGGAUCUUAUCUAUCUAUUGAAGGCAGUGAGCUUUCUGAAGUGAAAGUUGGUGGAACAAGCAUUAGCGAUAUAGGUGGUCUUUCUAGUUUGGCAGCAGGGUGUUCUUCAACUGAAGUUGUUGGAGAAACACAUGCUGAGGGCCAUGUUUCAUCCUCCAUACUUGCUGAAUCAUUGCAAACAUGUGGGAAAAAUAUGGUUCCUGCUGAUGGAAAGGACACAAUAGAGCUUCCUUCAAGUAAUGCUAGCCCUGAAAACGACUUGAUAGCUUCAAGAUUACAGUCAGAUGCUGCUUCUGACAACAAAUCAGAUGGCUGCAGAAAUGCUAACAUCAUAACCUGUAAUGCAAUGGAUGAUGUUUCAGCACCUUCUGGAGAUGUCACUAGCAUGGAUACAGUUAUUGGUCACAAAGAUGUCAAAGUGUCACCUUUAAGUGGGAUAAGUUCAAGUCCCUUAGAUAGAGAGAGAGAGAUUGCAGACAAAAUUUCUGUGGAGGCGAGUUUAUCUGAUCUGAAGACCUCUUCUCAAGUGAUAGCUGGAUUAGAUCCUGUAUCUGUAUCUGAAGAAGAUGCUUCUUCUGGUGCUGCUAGACUGAUGUUAUGUGAGUCGGCUGAACAAUCUCCAUUAAUGGUGGAUGCUAGUAAAACAGAAGGACCUCAAUCAGAAGUAAGUAACAAAGUCAGCAUGAAGUGCACAAAGGAUAUGGAAGUGUGUCCAGUUCUUUGUGACUCAACUGCAAACAAAGGAAAUGAUGCUGAAGUGCCAGAAAAAGAAAAUGAUGAAAAGGGAUCAUCCAAAGUUUUAGAACCAGCCGUAAAUAAUAGUGAGAUGCUGGGACCUAUCUCCUCAGAAAGAGAAGAGUGUCAGGUGGAUGCUAGUCUGAAAGGCGAGAAAGAAAAUGAAGCUGCCAUGAUGUGUAGAGAUAAAAGUGAUGGGCAGAUAGCUGUCCUGAGCACAAAUGAAUGUGGAAGUUGUGCUGAUGUUGGCAAGCCAACCAGUGGAUCCCCUAUUGUCAUCAGAGCCGCUGGGGAAUUUCAGAGUGAAAGUGACAAAGAUGGAGCCAAAUGCUCAGUGGAGCAGACUUCUGUUGUUGAUAGCAAUGCCAGCAAAGCUUUAUCCUCUUCUCAGGAUCCGAAACAAAAUGAUGCAUCCAAAGAUGAGAGGAGCUUCACUUUUGAGGUCAGUCCACUAGCAAAUAUCCCUCUGAAAUCAGCUGACAAUAAAUGGCAGUCAUUUUUCAACAUACCAGCCACUAAAGUGUCACCGAUUGUGAAUGCUUCUCCAUCAGCAUCUGGUGUGGUCCAGGUAGAUCCCAAGAUUGCUCAAGACCCUUCUCAUGGAAGUCCAAAGGUGUCUGAUGUUUCCACUGUGCGUACUGGUUCUAAAGGUACUUCUGAGCGUAAAACAAGACGAUCAUCUGGUAAGGCCUCGGGAAAGGAAAGUGCCAGAAAAGGAAAUCCCGCUAAAGAAACUGCUUCUGUGAGACUAGAGAAAGGGGAAAAAAUGAGCAAUGUCUCUCCGGGCCCUUCUGGGAUAUCACAACAUGUGCAAUCAAAUGAGAUGCAGUGCUAUGGUCAUGUGGAUUCCAGUGCUAUGAAACCAUUUGUUCUUGCAUCAUCCUCAUCAAACCUUCCAGAUUUGAAUUCUUCUGUCUCUCCAUCUUUGAUGUUUCAACAACCCUUCACAGACUUGCAACAAGUGCAAUUGCGUGCCCAGAUCUUUGUUUAUGGUGCUUUGAUUCAAGGAACAGCUCCAGAUGAAGCAUAUAUGAUAUCAGCAUUUGGAGGAUCUGAUGAUGGUAGAAGCAUCUGGGAGAAUGCUCUACGCUUGUCUAUAGAACGGCUUCAUGGUCAAAAACCUCAUCUCACUACUCUGGAGACCCCUUUGCUGUCACGUCCUGGUGCCAGAGCUCCUGAUCAAUCAAUUAAACAGAGUAAUGUUCAAAGUAAAGUAAUCUCUUCACCAAUUGGUUGGACCAGCAUGGGCACUCCUACAAUUGUGAACCCCAUGGCGCCCCUUUCUUCUCCUCUCUGGAGUGUACCUAAUCCCUCCAGUGACACAUUUCAAUCGAGCAGCAUGCCAAGGGGUCCAUUUAUGGAUCAUCAGCGGGCUCUUUCUCCUUUGCAUCUUCAUCAAACUCCACAGAUAAGAAAUUUUGCUGGUAACCCGUGGAUAUCUCAAUCACCCUUUUGUGGUCCCUGGGCUACAUCUCCACAGACACUUGCACUAGAUACAAGUGGUCGUUUUUCUGCACAAUUGCCUAUUACAGAACCAGUUCAAUUGACACCUGUAAAAGACUUAUCCAAGCCAAUUACCUCCGGUGCAAAGCAUGUUUCCCCUGGUCCUGUGGUUCAGAGGGGGACUUCUGCCAGUGUUUUCACUGGGAAUUUUCCUGUUCCAGAUGCAAAAAAGGUUACAGCAUCAUCCAGUCUACCUCUUACUGAUCCAAAGCCUAGAAAAAGAAAAAAGGCUUCAGUUUCCGAGAGUCCUAGCCAGAAUAUUUUGCAUAUUCACCCACAAACAGAAUCAGUUCCUGGUCAUGUUGUUACCAGUUAUCCAUCAACUUCUAUAGCCAUGACAACCCCUAUUGUCUUUGCUUCUAAAUCUCCUACAGAGAAAUUUGUUACUUCUGUAUCUCCAACUCCUACUGAUAUUAGAAAAGGGGAUCAAAAUGCAGAACAAAGGAAUAUUUUGUCAGAGGAGACCCUUGAUAAAGUAAAGGCUGCGAGGGUGCAGGCAGAGGAUGCUGCUAAUCUUGCUGCUGCUGCUGUUAGUCAAAGACAGGAAAUAUGGAAUCAGUUAGAUAAGCAGAGAAAUUCUGGGUUAUCACCAGAUGUUGAAACCAAACUAGCUUCUGCAGCUGUUGCAAUAGCAGCAGCAGCUGCUGUUGCGAAAGCAGCAGCUGCAGCUGCCAAUGUUGCAUCUAAUGCUGCAUUGCAAGCAAAACUGAUGGCUGAUGAAGCAGUAGUUUCUGGUGGUUACAGCAAUCCCAGUCAAGACAAUGCAAUUUCUGUUUCUGAAGGCUUGGAGAGUUUGGGGAGGACUACUCCUGAUUUUGUCCUGAAGGGUGAUGAUGGGACAAACAGUUCCAGUUCAAUCCUUGUUGCUGCAAGGGAGGCUGCUAGACGAAGAGUUGAAGCAGCUUCUGCUGCUGCAAUAAGAGCUGAGAAUAUGGAUGCUAUUGUCAAGGCUGCUGAGCUGGCUGCAGAAGCUGUGUCCCAAGCUGGGAAGAUUGUUUCUAUGGGCGAUCCUCUGUCACUGAAUGAGCUAGUAGCUGCAGGUCCAGAGGGCUAUUGGGAAGUGGCCCAAAUAAACAAUGAGCUGGGCUCUAAAUCAAAUGAUAUAGGUAGAAAAACUAUCAACAUAAAUACUGUUGGAGAAGGACCAGACACUUCUCCUGUGCUGGGUAAGAAAGAGACACAGGUCAAUAACUAUGGGAAACCACCUGCUCCAACAGAGGGGUCCCCUGUAGACCAUGCAAGAUUGGUAGAUGGUUUCUCAAAUUCUGGUGCAGCCACUUUGAAGGAUGCUAAAGGACGAAAGGGCUACAAGGUGUCUGAAUCUGAGGAUGGUUCAAGAUCUUUGGGAACUACAGUAGAUUAUAAUUGUAUCGAGGAAGGGUCCCAUGUAGAGGUUUUCAAAGAUGGGAAUGGAUACAAAGCAGCCUGGUUCUCAGCCAAAGUGAUGGAUUUAAAGGAUGGGAAAGCAUAUGUGAGUUAUACUGACCUUCCAUCAGCUGAAGGCUCAGAGAAGCUAAAGGAGUGGGUGGCACUUAAAGGUGAAGGAGAUGAAGCACCAAAAAUACGAAUUGCUCGCCCUGUAACUGCCAUGCCAUUUGAAGGAACAAGGAAGAGACGGCGGGCUGCCAUGGUGGACUAUAUUUGGUCUGUUGGUGACAAAGUGGAUGCAUGGAUACAAGAUAGCUGGUGGGAAGGAGUGGUCACUGAAAGGAGCAAGAAAGAUGAAACCAUGCUAACAGUCUAUUUUCCAGUUCAAGGAGAAACAUCAGUGGUUAAAGCAUGGCAUCUACGCCCUACUCUCCUUUGGGAAGAUGAGGAAUGGGUUGAAUGGUCUGGUUCAAGAGCAGGCACUCACUCUACCAAUGGGGGUGAUACGCCACAAGAAAAACGACCAAGGGUGCGGGGCCCUGUGGUAGAUGCCAAAGGGAAGGAUAAGUUGCCAAAAGGUUUGGAUUCUGUGGACACUGAUAAACCUGAUGAACCUACUUUAUUGGAUUUAGCUGCUCAUGAAAAAAUGUUCAAUAUUGGGAAAAGUAUGAAAGAUGGGAAUAGACCGGAUGCACUCAGAAUGGCACGGACUGGGUUGCAGAAGGAAGGAUCAAGAGUGAUCUUUGGUGUGCCGAAGCCUGGAAAAAAAAGAAAGUUUAUGGAAGUGAGCAAGCAUUAUGUUGCAGAUCGGAGCAGCAAAAACAAUGAAGUAAAUGAUCCAGAUAAGUUUGCUAAAAAUUUGAUGCCUCAGGGAUCUGGAUCCCGUGGAUGGAAGAAUACUUUAAAAACUGAAUCACUUGAAAAACGAACAGCUGCAUCAAAGCCCAAGGUUCUCAAGUCAGGAAAGCCACAAAAUGUUUCUGGUAGAACAAUUGCUCAGAAGGACAACUCAUUGACUACUGCAGUUUCUGCUUCUGAUGGCGCUGCUACAGAUCAUGUUACAAAGAACAAGGCUUCUACAAGCCAUAUUGAAAAUACAUCCGAAAAACAUGCCUCGACUGACUUUCAGCCCUUAUCUAGCUCUGUGGGAGGAGCAGAGGGUCAAAUACUUUCAUCCUCUUCUCUUUCUUCAGAUACACUUUCCUCUAAGAAAAUGUCCACAUCCACAUCAAAUACUAAACCUCCACGGGGAAGUAAAGGAAAACUUGCUCCUGCUGAUGGAAAGUUUGGUAGAAUUGAGGAGGACAAAGUUUUCAUUGGCAGUUCUUCAAAAUCAACCUCUGAUGUUGGUGAGCCCCGGAGGUCUAAUCGUAGAAUUCAGCCUACAUCAAGACUAUUAGAAGGGCUACAAAGCUCCUUGAUGGUCACAAAAAUUCCAUCUGUAUCACAUGACAGAAGUCAGAAAAAUAGGACUGCUGCUAGAGGGAAUAACCAUGGUUGAGAGAACUCUUGCAAUGAUGAGAUCCAGUGCAAAGAAGCUCAAUGGUCGCCAGACAACACACCGAGAGUAGUAGUUGUGUAUAUUUAUAAUAGAGGAGUUAGCUAGGAAUGGAAAUUCUGCUUCCUUGGGUAUAAUGACAUUAGUGGUUAGGUGUUCAUAUCAAUUCUAGUUUAUUUGCAAUGAUGAUUUGAUCUCCUAGCAUUUGCCAUAAGGGUUGUAUAUGGAAAAUCUCCAUUUAGUUUGGCUUGAAAUUGCGGGAAACUUUACUAAUCAAUCUCAUGUAUACCUUUUGAAUUCCCGUUUUAGGUGAUCCGUGCUUGGUGGGGCUGGUCAUUUUCACAAUCAAUAAGCUUUAGUUUCCUGUAUGCAAUGUACUAUUAAAUUUUAGCGAGGGAGACUG